AUGCUGCUGUCUGUGGCGAUUGUGCUGUACUUCAGCCAGGCAGAGUUUAUCUCUGUUGAGGAGAUGCGGGAACUACUGGUGGCUUCCAUGCAGACUACUUUAUCUUUAACAGCUUUAGUUGAACAGCAGACACAGAAGAAAUUCGAGGCAUCGGAGGACAGAUUGGACAAUCGCAUGAAUGAGCUGAAACUAUCUGUUAUAGAGAAAUCAAGGUUGGUGGACAAAGCAAAGAAGGAUAUCGAAGAUUUGAAAAUUAAGCUCGCGACCUUUGGAGGAAAUGAUGGAACUCACAGGGGAAUCGAGGAACUUGAAGGGAAAUUCGCCCCAUCAGAAGAGAAAUUAGCCAAAGAUAUUGAAGCAGUGGAAAAAUCCAUUCUCGAGAAAUCAAUCUUCGUGGAGGAAGCAAAGGAGGAUAUCGAGGACAAAUUGAAAAUUUUGAGAAUUAUGGCAUUCCUGAAAUUGAUGCUUCUCUCUGUGGCCAUUGUGCUCGUUUCCAGCAAAUCGAGUGCUGGUGCAAGCUCAGGUGCGAGUGCUGGUGACGAAGCAAGUUCUGGAGCAGGCGCUGGAGCAGGCGCUGGAGCAGGUGGUACUCUAGUUUCUGUUGGGGAGUUGCGUGAACUAUUGGUGUCUUCAAUGCAGACCACUAUAUCCCUAACUGGUCUGGUUGAACAGCAGACACAGCGGAUAUUUGACAUCACCAACUACGUGAACGAAGCUGAGAGAGGCAUCGAGGAGCUUGAGGGGAAGUUGGCGGCAUCUGAAGAAAGAUUGGUCAAGAUCAUUCAAGGACUGAAGGAAUCCAUUUUCGAGAAAUCAAGCUUCAUAGACGAAGCCAAGGAUGAUAUCCAGGAUUUAAAAAGUAAGAUAGCAACCAUAGGAGAAAAAGGUGAAGUUCAGAAAGAGUUUGAGGAGCUUGAUGGGAAAUUUGCAGCAUAUGAAGACAAAUUCACCAAGGAUAUUCAAGCACUUGAAGGAUCAAUUCUCGAGAAAUCAAACUUCGUAGACGAAGUUAAGGAUGAUAUCCAGAAUUUAAAAAGCACAAUCGCUACAUUGGGUGGAAAAGAGGAAGCCCAAAAACAGUUUGAGGAGCUUGAAGCGAAAUUCACAGCAACGCAAGACCAAUUAGCCAAAGAUGUUGAAGCACUGAAAGAAGCUAAUAGUAAUCCAAAGAGAUCAAGCAAGAAGAUAGACGUGAUGGUGGUGAGCGGAGAGGAGGACCUCAGAGAUGACAACUGUGCUAAAGUAUGCGCCGGGACCUCCGUCAGAGGGGCUACCAACUGGGUGGAUUACAGUACUACCGGCAUCUACACUAACGUAGACAUUAGCAAGUGUGGCUUUGUGACAAUUCCAACUGUAACCACGUCUCUGGAGGGUUCCACCGCUCACUGGGGCACCACAGGGAGCUCUGAGAUUUACAGUGCAACUGCCACUAGUUUCACGAUAUACUUGUUAGCACCGAGUGGGCAGAGUGGGGGCGCCAAUGAGAUGGGCUGGAACGUCGAGUGGAUCGCUGUGGGAUAUACGUGUUGAAAUUGCACCCAAAUUGCGUGUUGAAACUACAGCUGGACUAGCAUGCACGUUCCUUAAUUUUGUUUUUUAGGUUUUCGACUUAAUUGUUUGUUUUAGACCAAAAGGAUAUUUGAGUGUUAAGUGUUAACGACUAAGUAUGAGUUGGAACGAUAUACAAGUAAAAUGCAGGGCUUCCGAACCCGAAGUUUCAAGAUAAAUAUAUGCAGCAUCGUUAGGGUAAAUUGAACCAAAACUAAACAAAUCAAAAUUAACAUACCAUUUAAAUCGAUUAGAUAUUAUUUAGGUGUUAUGUAAGUGCAAACAUUUUCAUAUAUUAUUGAACUCAAGUUUGCAUGUUAAGCCCAAAUUAAGAUUCCCAUUUAAUGUGUAUAUAUAAUAUAUAUACAUAUCUAAUACUGUUAGUGUUACCGUAUUAUCAUUGACUAAACACUAUCAAUCAUGAUAAAUUGAUUUUAUUUCUUUUUGCUGAAAUUAUUGAUUCGUCUGCUUUUUUUC